AUGCCAUCUCACUUAACCAUCGUGACCAUACCUGAUGGUGCAGGUACCGUGGUUAGCACAGGACCAGGUUCUUCCUGGGAGACCCGCUGUGGAGAGGCAGUUAUCUUGCAUCCAAACACGUGGCUGCAGGGAGACCUGAGCAACUUUGAUGUGGAGAGCGUGUUAGGGGGUGGUGAUGCACAUGGUACUUUGACCAAGUACAUCGUGCUGGAUGAUGUGCAAGUUUUGGAGUCGCCGACCAAUUUGACUGUGGAGGAGGCUUCGACUUUGCCAACGGCUGCCUUGACAGCUUGGAAUGCGCUUUUCAUGGGUCCUAUCCCAUGCCAACCUGGCAUUUCAAUUUUGACUCAAGGAACUGGUGGCGUUAGCUCUUUCGCAAUACAGUUGGCUGCCGCUGCAGGUGCCACUAUAAUCGCGACAUCCUCCUCCGAUGAAAAACUUAAAGUUGCUAAGCAGCUAGGUGCCACCCACUUGAUAAAUUAUCACAAGACACCGAAUUGGUCGGAAGAGGUCCUUCACAUUACGAAUGGCCGUGGGGUUGAUCAUGUAGUGAAUGUCGCUGGUUCAAGCACCAUUGAGGAAUCACUGCUCAGCGUGCGGCAGGGCGGAGUUGUGUCAGUCCUGGGUAUGCUUUCAGAGUCGAAGAAAACAGAUCUGGUGCCAAUGCUUAUGAUGGGAGGGAAAACACUCCGAGGCGUUCUUGGAGCAGGAAACAAGGAGAUGCAUGAACAACUGGUGAAGUUCCUCCAACAUCAUGAUAUACAUCCUACUAUUGCGCGGGUUUUUGAAUUUGAUCAGGCUGUUGAUGGAUUCGCAUAUAUGGCAAAGCACAGCGAAGUCGGAAAGAUCAUCAUUAGAGCCUAG